AUGCAGCCUCCCCCCCGGGUCAAAGGCCACGGCCGCAUGGCCUCCAGCGACGAGCGUCGUCGCAUAGCCAUCACCCGCCGCUCCACCAAAGGCCCGCUGGACGCCGACUUCGACGAUCCUCUAGCCUCGCCGGCCGCCGCCAACCAAGCCGGCCCUGCGCCCUUGUCGCCGAAUCCCUUCUCGCAUCCGCACUUCCAACAGCAGCAGCAUCUCCAGCAACCCAUCACUCCCACCCGCCAGUCUCAGCUGUCGCCCGCCCCCUCCACCCCCGCCUCUGUCCUCGAGUCCACCGACAAGGACUUUGGCUUCCUGCUGCACGCCAACAAUUUCCAUCCCCUCCCUCCGCACACCACGCCGCAUCCUUUCCUCUCCGCCUCCCAUCAGCCUCCGCCUUCUGCUUCACUUCGCGACCUUCUUGAUGGGGGACACUACCGCUCCGCUGCCAUCGCGGCUGCCAAGGCUUUGGUCACGAACACCACGCCCGCUGAUCAUGCGCGCAUUUUCUCGCUCUUCUACGUGCGACUGGCCUGCUUGACACUCCUGAACCAGCAUGCUCUAGCCGCUGCCGAAGCAAAGCUACUUGGUGAUUUGGCCAGCGCCUUCUACCGGAACCCUCUGACCGGCUCCCACAUCGUGCCGUGGGAGCUGCGCGUGCUCUCUGUGCGACUUAUGGGCUUGGGAUACGGCGACUGGCGACGCGGUGUCAUGGGCUACUACGAGCUGGCUCGGGAAGCAAGGAUAGAGGCGAUCAAGUCCCACGACCCUAAUUCCAAACAGAUAUGGAAAGGCAGACUGAGGGAGCUCGCCAUCAGAGUCGCCAAUGCGCUGAUCGAGAUGGGAGAAUGUGAGGGUGCGGCAAGACAUCUGGCAGGGCUUGUUCGCGCAGAUUCGGGGACAGACGAAGCAAUUGCGGCAGAAGAGAAGGCAGACUCGGCAUCAUUGAGCCCGGAAUCAGCGCGUUUGAAGUCCAUGGAAGCAUUGACGUGGAUCAAAGUCGGCGACAUUGAUGCUGCAAAACGCUGCGUCGCCGCGUCGCCCUCGCCUGCUCCUCAUACCCCCUCUGCUGGCGAUGCUCCGCCUCCUGCUGACCCCCUCAAUGCUCUGGUCGCCAUGGCCGAAGCGGACUAUCCCACCGCCCUGACUAUAUGGGACAUGCUGGCCGCCGAAAGUCCUGAUGAUCCCAUGGUCACGCAAAAUCGCGCAGUAUGUCUACUCUAUGUUGGCCGGAUAGCUGAUGCGCGUGCACUGUUGGAGGAUCUCAUAGACCAUGGGGAGAACUCGUCUUACGCUUUCCAUGCCUUGACGUUCAAUCUCAGCACCAUCUACGAGCUUUGCACUGAAAGGUCGCGGGAGCGGAAGCUUGAGCUCGUCGACAAAGUGUCUGCUCUCGAGCCGAGUGCAAUGGGUUGGGAAAGACAAGCUGGAGACUUCAAGCUGUAG